GGAAAAAAGAACUGCGCCUGCGCACAAAUCCUACUAGCCGCUAGUGGGAUUGGUGCCCGCCUUUCUCCUUCCGGUUUUGCCCGAGAUAGAAAUGGCGGUACCGGCUUCCAACGCUAGCAAUCCCAUCGUUUUCUUCGAUAUCAGUAUCGGGGGGCAGGAGGUGGGUCGGAUGAAAGUAGAACUUUUUGCAGACGUUGUACCGAAAACUGCAGAGAACUUCAGGCAAUUCUGUACUGGCGAAUUCAGGAAAGAUGGGGUCCCCAUAGGCUACAAAGGAAGCACAUUCCAUAGGGUAAUAAAGGAUUUCAUGAUCCAGGGUGGCGACUUUGUUAACGGGGAUGGCACUGGAGUUGCGAGCAUUUACAGAGGUCCAUUUACAGAUGAGAACUUCAAACUAAAACACUCUACACCUGGGCUUUUAUCCAUGGCUAACAGCGGCCCAGGGACAAAUGGUUGCCAAUUUUUUAUCACAUGCUCAAAGUGCGAUUGGCUGGAUGGAAAACAUGUGGUAUUUGAAUGUCCCCACAGGUCCCAACAACAAGCCCAAGUUGCCAGUUGUGAUUGCUCAGUGCGGGGAAAUGUAACCAAAGCUAUCCAUCAAACAGUAUCUACUUGUCUCAUAUCUGCCUAUUUGUUAUUGCUAUCCCCCCCCCCGGAUGUGUCCAGGUUUUGUUUGAGAGAAUGGGCAUUAGUAACUAGAAAAAAAUAUUUGCUCAUUUCUAGCUCCCAGGGUUUUCUGUGCUACUGACAUAAAGACCUUGUUCAUUCUGGCACCAAAUAUGGCUUCGAUGAUACCGGUAUGCAGGAAGCAAAAUACUGGUCCUGGGAAAAUUACAAGGCCAAGCAAUGUGAUAUUUGUGUUUGGAAAGUUUUUUUUAUUGUAUUUUUUUUAAACAUACAAUUUAUAUAAUAAAUAAUUGCAUAAAAGUUA